GUUAUCGUAGUGAUGCCAAAUGUCUCACGCGCCGGACCGCCCACAGUACACCCACCCACUGAUGUCAUACCCCACCGACUCCCUUGACGUCUGUCGCCGUGAACCGAUGCGUUCGAACGCCCGGUGUGUUGUUUCGUGGUAAACGAUCGAGAUAACAAUAUUAAAGAUAGCGAGGGGGCGCCACUUGGUUUGUCUUCCGGUUGUCAAACUCGGUUUCGCUCGUUCCUUUCUGUCGCCAUGGCCUUCGCGAACUCUGUCCUCCCCAAGGGUGGCGGCAAGAGCCCCUCUCCCGGCCGCCUCGCUUCUGUCUACAGCGAAGUGCAGACCGACCGUCUCCACCACCCGCUCCCUCUCCCUUCCGUUCUCAAGGGCCCGUUCAAGCUCCUCGAUGGCCCCCCGAGCUCCGCCGCCGGCAACCCAGAUGAGAUCGCCAAGUUGUUUCCUAAUAUGUUUGGUCAGCCAUCGGCAAAGUUGGUGCCGACGGGCUCGGUUCCUGCGGAUUUGCCCCAAGGUUUGAAGAUCGGCGUCGUCUUGUCUGGUGGCCAGGCUCCCGGUGGACACAAUGUCAUCUCUGGGGUCUUCGAUUACCUACAGGAACGCGCUAGGAGAAGCACCUUGUAUGGUUUCAAGGGAGGUCCGGCAGGGAUUAUGAAGUGCAAAUAUGUGGAGCUGACUCCAGAGUUCAUCUAUCCUUACAGAAACCAGGGUGGGUUUGAUAUGAUCUGCAGUGGAAGGGACAAGAUUGAAACCCCAGAACAGUUUAAGCAAGCGGAGGAGACAGCUAUGAAACUCGAUUUGGAUGGACUUCUUGUUAUCGGUGGAGAUGACUCCAAUACGAAUGCAUGUCUCCUUGCUGAAAAUUUUAGGCAAAAGAAUAUGAAAACUCGGGUUAUUGGAUGCCCAAAAACAAUUGAUGGAGAUUUGAAAUGCAAGGAAGUUCCAGCAAGUUUUGGAUUUGACACAGCUUGCAAGAUAUAUUCUGAAAUGAUAGGAAAUGUCAUGACUGAUGCACGGUCAACUGGAAAAUAUUAUCACUUUGUAAGGUUAAUGGGGCGUGCUGCUUCUCACAUUACAUUGGAGUGUGCUUUGCAAACACACCCGAAUAUUGCUAUCAUUGGCGAAGAGGUGGCUGCCAAGAAGCAAACACUCAAGAAUGUGACGGACUACAUUACUGACAUAAUCUGUAAGCGUGCAAAACUUGGCUACAAUUAUGGUGUCAUACUUAUUCCAGAAGGAUUAAUUGACUUCAUUCCUGAGGUUCAGCAGCUUAUUGCAGAAUUAAAUGAAAUCCUAGCUCAUGAUGUAGUUGACAAAGAGGGAUUGUGGAAAAAGAAACUUCAACAACAGUCUCAGCUGCUAUUUGAAUUCCUUCCCCAAGCAAUCCAAGAGCAGCUGUUGCUAGAAAGAGAUCCACAUGGAAAUGUACAGGUUGCCAAAAUUGAAACUGAGAAAAUGCUUAUCUCCAUGGUCGAAACUGAAUUGGAGAAGAGAAAGUCUGAGGGUACAUAUGCUGGACACUUCAAAGGACAAUCCCACUUUUUUGGAUAUGAGGGAAGAUGUGGCUUGCCUACAAAUUUUGAUGCCGCUUAUUGCUAUGCAUUGGGUUAUGCUGCUGGAGCUUUAUUACAUUCUGGGAAAACAGGCCUCAUAUCCUCAGUUGGCAACUUAGAUGCCCCCAUUGAUGAAUGGACUGUUGGAGGGACUGCAUUGACUUCAUUAAUGGAUGUCGAGAGGAGACAUGGUAAGUUCAAGCCAGUGAUCAAGAAGGCAAUGGUGGAGCUGGAAGGUGCACCAUUUAGAAAGUUUGCAUCCAUGCGAGAUGAGUGGGCUCUCAAUAACAGAUACAUUAGCCCUGGUCCUAUUCAGUUUAUUGGUCCAGGAUCCAACAAUGUUAAUCACACCCUACUUCUGGAACUUGGAGCCCAGGCUUAGGCAUUGUAGAAACUCCUUAACGAGGAUUUUUCUGGAGGACAAAUGUGAUUGUCGUUCAUCGUUUCCCCUUAUUUUCAAGAAAAGGGUGAAUAAAUGUUUUUGAGAAUCAACUGUUCGUUCUUGUUGCAUCUGUUAUUAUCGCUCAGGAUCUUAAUGGUAAUCAAUUUAGUCAGAUGCUGAUAUCACUGGCUUGUUUCUGGUUUCUGUUUAAUAAGAAUGAAUAAAUGACUUCAGAAAGUUUCACAAAUUAGA